AAAUUUGGCGAUUCGAAGCAGUGACCAGUUGGCUUCAUCUCAUCUUGGAUUCGGUGUUUCCUUCGCCAGUCGCCAGUGCUGAUCGGGACUUGACGGAGAGAGGGUGUGGCAUUAGAAGUACCCUGUUCAACCAUGACCGUCGCCAUUUUGAGAUACUGAGUUGUGGGGAUGUCACGUAAUGUCCGCAGUGGUAUGUCGCCCGUUCCCCUUCGCCUCCGCCCUUCGUUAUACGGCCGGAGGAACGGAGUCGUGUGUUGCUGUAUUACACUUCGCCCUGUCACGCGAGUAUACGUACAGCAGCGGUGGUGGGCGUUUCUCUGCAGCGCUGAUGACCGUACUGACACGAGACACGCAGGUAACACGGCGGUACACGGUCAAAGAUCCCUCCCAACGAGUAGGCAGCCCGUCCUGUGUUGGGUAUAGAUGGCACGGAAUUUGCUUCGUGACGAAUGGAUUGAUGGGACCUUUCUACUAUUGGUUAUUAAAGGCAGGAAUCGACUCGUCACCGUUUUUCAGAUGGAUUGAUGGGACCUGCAUAUACUGUCUGGUGAGUAGGAUGGCGUAAGUGUACGCUCUGGUAGGAACUAACCAAUGGUUGUCAGUUAAUGUAAUUAUUGUUAGUAGUUCCUUGGUAAUUCUAUUAUUAUUACCAAGAGU